UGGAGGUGGCAGGCGGGACGUGCAGAGAUACGGAAACACCGGAAUUAUGGCCGGUCACCUCAAUCUUUAGUGCCCAGACAGUGCUCAUCCUAGCUCUCUUGCUGUGCAGAGGGUGAGGUGACGUCUCCCGGACCUCCUGUGGUAUCCCGGCGGCUGCUGCAACCUGGGUUGUGGCCUGGUGCCCUGUUGCGGUGGCCAGCAUUUGUUCUAGCCAUGCCCGCGGCCGCCGCCCCCAUCAUCAGCUCGGUCCAGAAGCUCGUUCUGUACGAGACCAGAGCUAGAUAUUUCCUAGUGGGGAGCAAUCAUGCAGAAACAAAAUACCGUGUUUUGAAAAUUGAUAGAACAGAACCGAAAGAUUUGGUCAUAAUUGAUGAUAGGCAUGUAUAUACUCAACAAGAAGUGAGAGAACUUCUUGGCCGCUUGGAUUUAGGAAAUAGAACAAAGAUGGGACAGAAAGGAUCUUCUGGAUUGUUUCGAGCUGUUUCAGCUUUUGGUGUUGUAGGUUUCGUCAGGUUUUUAGAAGGCUAUUAUAUUGUGUUAAUAACUAAAAGAAGAAAGAUGGCAGAUAUUGGUGGUCACACAAUAUAUAAGAUUGAAGAUACAAAUAUGAUCUAUAUACCCAAUGAUUCUGUACGGAUUACUCAUCCUGAUGAAGCCAGGUAUCUACGGAUAUUUCAAAAUGUGGACCUAUCCAGUAAUUUUUAUUUUAGUUACAGCUAUGAUUUGUCCCACUCACUUCAAUAUAAUCUCACGGUCUUACGAAUGCCCCUGGAGAUGUUGAAGUCAGAAAUGACCCAGACUCGCCAGGAGACUUUUGACAUCUUUGAAGAUGAAGGAUUAAUUACACAGGGUGGCAGCGGUGUAUUUGGGAUCUGUAGCGAGCCUUAUAUGAAGUAUGUAUGGAAUGGUGAACUUCUGGAUAUAAUUAAAAAUAAUGUGCAUCGUGACUGGCUAUUGUAUAUUAUUCAUGGGUUCUGUGGGCAGUCAAAGCUAUUGAUCUACGGUCGACCAGUGUAUGUCACCCUAAUAGCUAGAAGAUCCAGUAGGUUUGCUGGGACUCGUUUUCUAAAGAGAGGUGCAAACUGUGAGGGUGAUGUUGCAAAUGAAGUGGAGACAGAACAAAUACUCUGUGAUGCUUCUGUAAUGUCUUUUACUGCAGGAAGUUAUUCUUCGUAUGUACAAGUUAGAGGAUCAGUUCCUUUGUACUGGUCUCAGGACAUUUCAACUAUGAUGCCUAAGCCACCUAUUACAUUGGAUCAGGCAGAUCCAUUUGCACAUGUGGCUGCCCUUCACUUCGAUCAGAUGCUACAGAGAUUUGGCUCGCCCAUCAUCAUUUUGAAUUUAGUGAAGGAACGAGAGAAAAGAAAGCAUGAGAGAAUCCUGAGUGAAGAACUUGUAGCUGCUGUGACAUACCUCAACCAGUUUUUGCCUCCUGAGCACACUAUUGUCUAUAUUCCUUGGGAUAUGGCCAAGUAUACUAAAAGCAAACUAUGUAAUGUUCUUGAUCGACUGAACGUGAUUGCAGAAAGUGUGGUGAAGAAAACAGGUUUCUUUGUAAACCGCCCCGAUUCCUACUGCAGCAUCUUGAGGCCAGAUGAAAAGUGGAAUGAACUAGGAGGAUGUGUCAUCUCCACUGGCCGCCUUCAGACUGGCGUUCUUCGGACCAACUGUGUAGACUGUUUGGAUCGCACUAACACAGCGCAGUUUAUGGUGGGGAAAUGUGCUCUGGCUUACCAGCUGUAUUCCUUGGGAUUGAUUGACAAACCUAAUCUCCAAUUUGAUACAGAUGCAGUUAGGUUAUUUGAGGAACUGUAUGAAGAUCAUGGAGAUACCCUGUCCCUUCAGUAUGGUGGUUCUCAACUUGUUCAUCGUGUAAAAACCUACAGAAAGAUAGCACCAUGGACUCAGCACUCAAAAGACAUCAUGCAGACCCUAUCUAGAUAUUACAGCAAUGCUUUCUCAGAUGCUGAUAGACAAGAUUCCAUUAAUCUCUUCCUGGGAGUUUUCCAUCCUGUAGAAGGAAAACCUCAUCUCUGGGAACUCCCAACAGAUUUUUAUUUGCAUCACAAAAAUACAAUGAGACUUUUACCAACAAGAAGAAGGUAUUUUACUUACUACACUAAGAAACUAAAGCCACUUCCACAUGAGUUCGAUGCCCUUAUUUGUGCUACAAACUUAAAGAAGUUGAUGGUGAAGAAAUUUCACAAAUAUGAAGAAGAGAUUGACAUCCACAACGAAUUCUUUCGACCAUAUGAAUUGAGUAGUUUUGAUGAUACCUUUUGCUUGGCUAUGACAAGUUCAGCACGCGACUUCAUGCCCAAGACAGUUGGCAUUGACCCAAGUCCAUUCACUGUGCGUAAACCAGAUGAAACCGGAAAAUCAGUAUUGGGAAACAAAAGCAACAGGGAAGAAGCUGUAUUACAGCGGAAGACGGCAGCGAGUGCCCCGCCACCUCCCAGUGAGGAGGCUGUGUCCAGCAGCUCCGAGGACGACUCAGGGACCGACCGAGAAGAGGAGGGCUCCGUGUCUCAGCGCUCCACACCAGUGAAGAUGACCGACACAGGAGACAGUGCCAAAGUGACAGAGAUCAUGGUCCAGCCCAUGAAAGAAGUAUAUGGAAUUAACCUCUCAGAUGGCCUCUCAGAAGAUGAUCUCUCCAUUUAUUCAAGAUUUGUUCAGCUGGGGCAGAGUCAACAUAGACAAGACAAGAGCAACCAGCAGUUCUGUUCCAGGUGCUCAGAUGGAGUUAUAAAACUAACACCCAUUUCAGCUUUCUCACAAGACAACAUCUAUGAAGUUCAGCCUCCAAGAAUUGACAGAAAAUCUACAGAGAUUUUCCAAGCCCACAUCCAGGCCAGUCAAGGUAUCAUACAGCCUCUUGGGAAAGAAGACACUGCCAUAUACCGAGAAUACAUCAGGAACCGCUACCUAUGAAGAGAGCCAGUCCCAGGAGGGAAGACGUUUUGAGAAAUCCCCACUGGCGUUCCUUGUCAUCUCUCUUCUUCCAUCUCACAUAGCUCAUUUGCCAGCAGCCCUUUACAGCUGAAGGUAUUUCCUCUUUGCAUUAUCAGUGAAUUACAAGUUACAGGUAAUAAAUGCCUACGUAUUUUGAUAUUAUUACCUUUGUUUUCUUUUAAAUAUGCUUUGUUUUGAAAUAUGACCAACAUAGUAUAGUAUCACACUAAGGAGUUGGGAGUUGAGCACCUGCUGUGUGCCAGGUGCCAUGGUAGGACCUGGGAGUAUCACAGGAAGCAAAAGUGACCAAAAAAUUACUCUCAUGCACAAUGAAGGCAGUGUAUUUUUCUUAUUAGAUAACACUUUAAAAAUGUAUUCUGAUGGUUUUUUAUUAAUUUUUUGUUAAAAAAAUAAAUGUAUUACUUUGAAAGCCCUUGUUUGUAGGAAAUAAACCCUGAAAUAUUUAUGGAUUAGAGACAAAGUGUCAUUCAGCAAAGUGCUUUCUAAUAGUUCAGGGGGAAAAAUAAAACAAAAUAUUAAUAACUGAUAAAAUCUGGAAAAGAACAAGCAGGAGCCUUCUGAACUAUUAUAAUUUUUCUAAAAAUAUGGAAUUCUAUUUAAACUAAAUAUUCUAAAUGUAUCACUGUAUAACUUUUGUGUCAGGCAAUUGUUACGUGAUUUGACAUUUGGCGUCCACUCAGCGUUGACCCCUCAUGUGUAUAGUUUGUUCUUUAUAUAAUCAGAUGUAACAUGGAUAGCUUCCUGCAUUUCCUGGCAGUUGAAUACAAAUGAU